AUGCACAAGGACCGGUCUCUGGCUGAAGUCCUGGACCAGAGCGGGCGCCGUACCACCAUGGACCUGAUGGAGGGACUGUACCCAGAGGAGGAGGGGGUCCAGAGGCACAGAGCCCCCAGACCUCUAGCCUCACCACGCAACAACCAAAGGAAGGAGGAGGACCAUGUGUGUCUCAGCCUGGUCCCCAGCUCUUCCUACUACAACACGUCUGCUCCCAAAGCUGAGCUGCUCAUCAAGAUGAAGGACAUGGGACAGGAGCUGGAGCAGGAUUCUGAGGACGAGCUGGACCCAGGGCUGGCCAGCAAGAAGCAUGAGUUGAUCUGGAGCCUGGCCCGGAAGCUGGCCGUGCUCCGCGAGGCUCGAUGGUCUCUGCAGGAGGACGUGGAGCAGAACGAGGCGCUGGGUAGAGAGGUGGAGACCAUGGUGCAGCGAAUGUGUCGGCAGAACCAGCUGGAACGCUUCCGGAUGUUUGUGGGAGACCUGGACAAAGUUGUGUCUCUUCUGCUGUCUCUGUCCGGACGCCUCCUCGCCCGAGUCGAGAACGCUCUGAACAGUCUCGACCCGGACGCACCCAACUCUGAGAAGAUGACUCUGACAGAGAAGAGGAAGCUGCUGAUGCGUCAGCACGAGGACGCCAAGGAGUUGAAGGAGAACCUGGACCGCCGCGAGCGCAUGGUGUCCGUCGUCAUGGAGACGCACCUGUCGCCCGCCAGCCUGGACGACUACCGUCACUUUGUAAAGAUGAAGUCUGCGCUCAUCAUUGAACAGCGCCGCCUAGAGGACAAGGUUAAAAACUGGGAGAGGAGCAACUGA